AGAUGUGUCAUAAUGCCGUGUAUUUUCCCAGCAGGAGUUAUUGCUCGGUGGGAAGCUGCGGGUGAUGACCAGGCUAACUAUCAGUGGGACGAGGGCAUAUUAGAUUUGAUCCGAGGGGAUGAAAGUCAAUUCUUGGCCAGUUGGAAGAACAAGGAGAGAAUAUAUAUGGCCCUCUACUUCGAUGGAGCAAAGCAUUGGGUGGCAUUAGAGAUAGAUCUGGAUCAUUGGUUGUUGAACAUAUUUGACUCCAGCCUCGGAUCGAUUUCCACGAACGAAUUGAACCGUCACCUGGAAAUGUGGGAAAAAUUACUACCAAAUUUGCUGCUGCAGGCUGGCCUAUUCGAGAGUCAUGACAUGAUCCUCUUGCCUCAACUUACCGCCUCAGAGAGCCAGGUCAGAAAUUUCACUUCAAAAGUCAUGGAUCGGGCCGUUGUUCCACAGACAAAGACAAGCGGUAACUGCGGGAUGUACGUGAUAGAGCACAUCGAGCAUAGUAUGCUGGAGACUACGUUUGAUAAUGUGCACGAUGAGAAUAUGAAGAAAUUUAGAGAGCGGUGGUGUGUAGAUUUGUUUUACCAGAAUUUAGCAUGAACAAAUGUUUUUUUUAUUUGGUAUUUAUUAAGAUAACAAUGUAAAUGGUUUUUUUUUAUUGGUAUGUUUAUGUUUUUUCAA